CGGGUGCCGAAGUGCUGCGUUCGUGUCGGGGAGCUUUCGUUCGCGGCGAUUGGCAGCAGUGAUUUUUGAAUUCGGCGCGCGCGCGCGCGUGGUUUCUACCAAGAAUUCUCAUUAAUAUAGUUUAAGAAAAGUAAGAGAGGCUCACAAUGUCUGACCAACAGCUGGUCACGGAGAUUCCCAGCAGUCUGAAGCAACUCGCGCGACUCGUCGUGCGUGGAUUCUACACAAUAGAAGACUCCCUCCUCGUGGACAUGCUCGUGAGGAAUCCUUGCAUGAAGGAGGACGACCUCUGUGAACUGCUCAAGUUCGAGAGGAAGCAACUGAGAUCACGAAUAGCCAUUCUGAAGAACGACAAAUUCCUCCAGGUGCGCCUGAAGAUGGAAACCGGGCCGGAUGGGAAGGCGCAGAAGGUGAAUUACUACUUCAUUAACUACAAAACAUUCGUGAAUGUGGUGAAGUACAAGCUGGACCUCAUGCGGAAGCGGAUGGAGACUGAGGAGCGCGACGCGACGAGUCGCGCCAGCUUCCGCUGUCCGAAUUGCAACAAGACCUUCACGGAUUUGGAGGCUGACCAGCUCUUUGACUUCCACACGGGUGAGUUUCGGUGCACAUUUUGCGGCAAUGCCGUGGAGGAGGAUCUGUCGGCGCUGCCCAAGAAGGACUCUCGCCUGCUGCUGGCCAAGUUCAAUGAGCAGCUGCAGCCUCUCUACGAUCUCCUGCGCGACGUGGAGAGCAUCAAGCUGGCGCCGGAGUGCCUGGAGCCGGAGCCCGUGGACAUUGACACGAUACGAGGGAUCAUCAAGCCAGGACGCGUGGUCAGCCAGGAGACGUGGUCGGGCGAGGCGACGCGAUCGCAGGGCUUCGCAGUCGAGGAGGCGCGCGUGAACGUGACGAUUGGCGCAGACACGACGGAUUCGGAGGCGCGGCGCAAAGAUCGGCCAGUCUGGAUGACGGAGAGCACAGUGCUGGACGACGCGCGCAGCUCGCCGGACACUCUGCCAGAGCGUCCCGGCGUGCCGGUGGCCACGGCGGGACGCGCACGGAAAGAGGGCGACGACAUCAUGUCCGUUCUGCUGGCGAACGAGCGGCAGCACGGCCAAAACAGCACCGCCAACGCCGUGCGCGGUCUUGGCGCCGGCGCCAGUUCCAGCGGCGACUCGAGUGACGAGGACGCCGCCAUGGACAACACGGAAAUCCCGAUGAUGAUGGCGGCGGAAUCGGAGUCAGAGGACGAGAGCCCGACGGUGAGCGUGGGCGGCAGGCAGUAUCCCAUCGACCAGAUCACGGACGACCUGAUUGCACAAAUGACGCCACAGGAGAAGGACUCGUACAUCCAAGUGUACCAAGAGACCUUCAGCCACAUAUACGAGUGAAGCGAGAGUCCGUGUAUUGUAAAUUAAAGGCACUUCUCAAUGACUUUAAAA